AUGGAUCCGGGGCGGAGCUCGGGCGAUCGAUCUGGGAAUUCCGGUGAGUAUGGUCAUGAGAUCGCUGAGAGCCUGCGGUUCCAGGAGGAGAUCCAGAGCUUGAUGACGGAGAACGAGUCCGGAGCCGAGAAUGGGAGCUCCUUCACGGCGCUUCUCGGCUUGCCGCCGAACCAGGCAAUGGAGCUACUCCACGAUUCGGAGAUCGGCGACUCUCCGGCUGUCUCGCCGCCAGGGGGUUGUCCUAUUUGGCGGCUUCUGGUGGAUGAUCCGAAGGGCCUGGCUGGUUUUCCCCUCGGUACCGUGCCGACAUUUCCUUCCAACACCGACCUCGUUGAGCGGGCGGCGAGGCUCUCCGUCUUCGCCGCUGAGGACUCACCACAGACGAGCUCGUCGAAGGUGGUCAAGACUGAACCCGCCGUCUCAGAUUCGAACCCUGAUUCCUCUCCUGCCAGGGAACCGCAGCUCCGGCCGCCAAAGAGAAAGGAGCCAGAGAAGAGCAAGGUAGCGGCGUAAUUAGGACUACGGCUGAACCCUAUCGUCUCCAUUCUUGCGAACCACUGUUGUAGAGCUCCCAUCACAGGUGACAUUCCGCGAUCUGGUGUAGGCCAAGGGAUCCGCGAAGAGAUCGAAGAGCAGCCUGGAGAAGAGUGUCCCGAAGCCCACGGAAGAGAAGCUUCCCUACGUCCACGUCCGGGCUCGGCGUGGGCAGGCCACUGACAGCCAUAGCUUAGCCGAGAGGGUACUCAAUCCUCGCCGUCUCGUCCUUCCCCCCUCGCUGAAAGCAACAUUUCUUUCCUGCUUACCGCCUCAAACUACGAUCUCCGUCAUAAAUUUCGUCCGCAACACACUUCAUAUGAUAUCACUGACUGCUUCGUAUACCGCGCAUCUCAGGCGAGGAGGGAGAAAAUAAACGCCCGGAUGAAGCUGCUACAAGAAUUGGUCCCCGGCUGCAGCAAGGUCCCCCACCCCUCGCCUUCUCUCCUCUUCCUCCCCUUUUCUACUCAUCAUUUUGUGCGUGAAAGCUUGUUCCCUGCCGUCUACUUCCGCCUGCUUUCCGCAACGCUUCGAAGUUUUUCCUCCCUGAUGCCGUGAUUUAGGGUAGACGACGGACGAGUAUCUCUAGCCGCCAUCGGUUUUCAGCUUUUCUACGGGCCUCUCCCUCAGUUAUUGCGCUUCUCCGCCUGGUUUUUACUUUCCCAGAGAUCAGAAGGUGUUUUCUGUAAAAGGUCCCAAUCCCUGUGCAAUUCGCGGCCGGAGAUGGCGGGUCCUGUUUGGCCGGGGUCCCUCGAAUCCCGGUGGAUUUCGCCGAAAGCAAUCGGUCGGUCGCCGUUCGGGUCCUUGUCGGGUCCCCUGGGCCCACUUUAUCAUCUUCCUAACCCACCGCUCCCCCUUCCGCAUCUUCUUCUUUCUGUGCACAGUCUUUCCGCCUUCUUGUGUCAUCUACCGCCUUGGAAAUUAUCUCCGACGACGACUGCUCCCCCGUCCUCGCUAGGCGAAGCCGCGGAGGCAGUCGGGGGUGGCGUGGGGUUGGAGAUCUAACAAGAGGGUUCGUCUUUGUUGUGGCAGAUCUCUGGUACGGCGCUGGUGCUGGACGAAAUCAUCAACCACGUACAGUCUCUACAGCGGCAGGUUGAGGUAUGAUUAGACGUCCGCCUACUCAUGAUCGGGGCCGGAGGAGGCGGCUACCGUCGGAGAAAAGGUCUCUGUGGGAGCGGUGGAUUAAUGGCGGCUCCGUCGUUCGUCUCUUGUGGUCGCAGUUCUUGUCGAUGAGGCUCGCGGCGGUGAACCCCAGGAUCGACUUCAGCGGCCUGGACAGCUUUCUCUCAGCGGUAAGUCGUCAAAAUCUAGGCCGAACAGGGAAGUUGCUGGGAGGGGCAUUUCAACGGCGCGCCAUUAUUGCCCGCAUCUUGACGGGGGCAUGACGGCGCCACCGAACAGUGCCCCCUCGUCCGGCAGACGACGCCGGUUCUUUGAAUCAGAGCUCUCUCUCUCUCUCGCUCGUUUUUUUUUCUAUCUAACCUCGUUUAUUUAUUCUCUUCUCUCUUACCCGAGUAGUUGAUGCGGUGACGGCAGGAAGGGCGAGCGCCGGUGGCAAGCGGCGUCGGCGGCGGCGCUGGGCCGGAGCAGUCUUCGUCGCCGUGGGACGAUGCCCAACGGCAGCAGCACCAAAUAUGGCAAGUUGACUUCCCACCGGCGCCGCCAUUGUGGUGGAGAGGGGACGCCGAGCAGCACCACGAGCUCGCUGAGCCUAGACGCUCCCUCCUUCGCUACGGCUCCGUCAAUUCAGGUCGCCAUCAUCCACGCCCUCUGUUACUUGCCCCAAACCCGCACAUAUUAUCUAUCUAUCCCUCCCCUUGGGAGAGAAGAACAGUGGUGAAUAGUGACGGCGCCAUUCUCCUAUCCAUUCCCCAAGGUGGGAAGUUUCUGUGCGAAGGGUCGGUGGUUGCAUUAAACUACCUCCGAUCCUCUUCGAGUCGGGUAUUCCUCCCCUUCACAACCUCCAUCCGCCAUUAAUGCUGUACACCAGUCGGCGAGGCAGAAACCCUCCCCACCCCCUCCCCUCCCCUCCCUCUUUUUCUUCUUAUUCUAAUCAGUUGUUCUUCUGUGGCAGUUUGUCUGCGAUCUAACCAGUUGAAGCAGGAGCUCUGA